AUGAGCAACGCUGAAAUAAUCGCUUCUACAAACCUUAUAAUUCUUUUGGAGGAUGAAAACUUUGCUGACUUUUUCAACACAUUUCUUUCUCUCCCGGUCUUUGGUCAGACACCAUUUUAUAAUGUUGAGAAUUCACAAUGGAGCUUAUGGCCAGAAAUACCUUAUGACUUGAUUUCCAAGUACAAAGGACUAUUGACCUGGUUGGAAAAAUACCGGUUACCUUUCUUCUGCAAAACAAACUUGUGUUUCUAUUACAUCCUCUGCCAGGAACUCAUCAGCUUUAUUAAGUCCCCGGAAGGAGCUAAGAUGAUGAGAUGGAAAGUGGCGGACCAGUGGCUUCUGGAGAAAUGCAUCGCUGGGGUCAGAGGGAUAUGGCGGUUCUGCUCCUACCUCACCGGCAGUGCAGGUGAAGAGUUGCUGGACUUCUGGAUCCUUACCGAGAAGAUCCUGAGCAUAGAUGAGACGGACUUGUACAUGAGAGACUACUACCUGUCCCUCUUGCUCGUGCUCAAGGCCACUCAUCUGCAGGAAGGCUCCAGAGUGGUGACUCUCUGCAACAUGAACAUCAAGUCUCUCCUGAACCUCUCCAUCUGGCACCCCAACCAGUCCACUACCCGAAGGGAGAUCCUAAGCCACAUGCAGAAGAUGGCUCUGUUCAAAAUCCAGAGCUACUGGCUCCCCAACUUUUACAACCACGCCAAGAUGGCAAUGGCCAGUGAGGAAGCAUGCCACGGCCUGAUGCAGGAAUAUGAGACUCGCCUAUGCAGUGUUUGCUGCGCGCAUGCAGGGGGGCUCCCUCUAAACAUGAGCAUCAAGAAAUCCCACUGCUCCCAAAAGAAGUAUUCAAGCAGGAAGGCCAAGAAGAAGAUGUGGCAGCUGACUGAACCUAUCUUGUCCCUGGAAACAGACUCCAAGCCAGAAGCCUCCACUAGUGCCCAAGAAGAGGCGCGUCUUCUAGAAAACGUAGUUUUACAGAAGCCUUCCCUGGGGGGAGGAGAUUCCUCAAAGGAGACAAUAAUCCAUGUUUUGAACAAGGAUACUCAGUGGGCCAAGAAACCCACUGUGAAGAAGAAACCCAAGAUCCAAUUCCACAUGGAGGGCCUCUUUGAGACAAAGUUCUCCAGCCACCUGAGAGCUUCCACCCCCAUCAUCAACCACCCUGCCCCACUGGCAGUGAAGAAGUCCCUCAAGCGAAACCUCUCCUUUGGGUACACUCACUGGGCCCUGUGCGCUGAUGCCUGUGCAGGGAGUCCGUUCCGGUUUCACCUGAAGAAAAUGAAUUUGAAGGUGGAAGUCCACCUCCUGGACCUUUGGCAGGACCUGCAGCAUUUCCUCGGUGUUCUGAUGAAUAACAGAAAGAACGGGAAUGCGCUCUUUCGCCACAUGCUUGGUAACAGAAUCUGCGAGCUCUACUUGAACGAGCAGAUCGGACCGCCAUUACCACUCAAACCUCAGACCGUCCAGGGCCUGAAGAAGCUUCUGCCAUCUGGGGAUGUGAACCCCUGGAUCCCCAAAGCCCAGAUGGAGAUCUGCAAGGUGCUCAGCCCCUGGUAUGAUGAGUUCCUGAGUGAAGAGGACUACUGGUUCCUCGUCUUCACAACUCAAACACGCUUCAUCAAAGCCCGAUGGCAUAAAAGAGAACCCACAAGCAAAGAAGAAUAUAUUUUUCUUUACAAAAGGAUUCAAGAAUCUCUAACAUUAAGCCAGGGCUUGGCUAACAUGCAGGAAAUGGAUUCUAUGGAGUGGAAAAAAGUGGCGACUCAGAACCUGCGACAGAGUGGGUCUCUCCAGGUAGAAAAGACAACCCCGGUGUUCUUAACAGACUUUAGUAAAAUGACCUUUGAGGAGCUUUCCUAUAAGAACCCAAAGUUGGCCAUAGAAAAGAUCAGUGAAGACUACAAAAUAUACUGUGAAAGGGCACCUCAAAAAGAUAUCACAGUGGAAAUUGUCAAGCAAGCAAAACAUACACACUCACAAAGGAAGGCGUCCUUUGUUAAAAGAUCUGUCCUAAGAAAGCCUUCCAUAAGACCCAGGAACAUCACAGAGGUCCUCCUAAACAUGCCACACCUUGAGUACUUCAAGGAUUUCCUCAAAGACCGGAAGGCUGAAAGCCCGUUGCUGUUCCUGAUAGCCGUACAGAAGAUCAUGAUGGAGACCAAUGAAAAGGCAUACAAGACAGCUUUGGAAAAUAUAAGCAAGACUUACUUCCAUGGCAAGAUCCCUGCCGAAGAAAUGCUGCAGUGUGAUGCUCCUCUUAUCAAAGAAAUUGUUAACAUGCGUCACAUUACCACCACCACAUUGCUGAUGCUCCAGAGUUACGUCAUGAAAUCUUUGGAAGAAAAGUGGUUUAAAGAAUACCAAGACAUGUUCCCACCACGUCCUGUGGAGAUGGACAUUGAAACACAAAUUGCCCCUAGGAAGCCCUCAAAGUCAGCAACGCACAUACAGGAAUUUCAGAGGAAAGGGUGGAUGAAGAUGAUCGGCUUCAUCAAGAGUUUUUGCAAGUACCGCAGACUCAUGACAAAUCCCAAGAUGCGGCAACAGUUUAUAGAUUUCAUCCACCUGGAAAUGUACAACAGCAAAGAGAAUUUCUCUGCAUCCCCCACCACCACGUCUGCACGUCAGACUCCUGUACUCCCUGGUACCCGGAGCACGGAACAGGAAAAUGGGGACCUAGUCCUUGUAAAACGCCGGAUAUUUGGCCACAGAAUUAUCACUAUCAACUUUGUCGUUAAUGAUCUUUUUUUCUUUUCUGAAAUGGAAAGAUUUAAUGACCUGGUGAGCUCGGCUCAGAUGCUGCAGAUCAACAGAGCAUACACUGAAAAUGACAUCAUCUUGAUGCGGUCUAAACUUAAUAUUAUUCUAAAGCUCUACCUGACUUCCGAUGUCCCUCCAAAGCUGAGGGUGAACAUCUCCGAGUCUCAGAAGGAUAUCAUCUUUGCUGCCAUCACAGACGGCCACCUAGACCGGACCAUCUUCCAUGGCGCUAUUAUGUCCAUCUUCCCUGUCAUCAUGUACUUCUGGAAAAGGUUUUGUGCUUGGAAGGCAAAACGCUCUUACGUAGAGUACAUGGGGAAGAAGUUUAAGGAUGGAAGAAGUCCUCCCAAGUCUACAUACAAGUACCCACCAUGGAGUGGUGGUGAACAUACCGUCUUAAGGUUCACCUUGCUCAGAGGUACCGAAUGGUUUCGACCUCAGCAUACCCGGGAUAUAGUGGCCAAUUCAAUCCCAAACUACCAAAAGUGCCCUACAUCCAAAAAAGAAAAGAAGUAAUCAAGUCAGGGCCAGAUCAGAAGCAAAUCAUCCCUUAGCAGCCUCCCAACACUGACAGAAUCCUUUUUGGUCAGAAAUGAAGUGUCUGGGCACCAUCCUGAAAGAGCAAGGAGAAUUGGGCAUCCCAUACAAAGCAAUACCAGACUCCAGCAGGUAAGAUAUGGACAGAGAGUGU